AACUUCAAACAAGAUUACAUAAUUCGAGAAAGUGAAAGCCGGAAACAUGUUUUAUGCGGUCAUAUGGAUUUUCUGCGCAACUCUCUUGACAAUCUUGUUUGGAGGUGUGCGAAAACCAAAAAGAUUUCCUCCAGGACCUCGUUGGUAUCCGAUAGUGGGAAGUGCCCUUCAGGUUUCCCAGCUUCGAUGUCGUCUUGGAAUGUUCUGCAAAGUGAUUGAUGUACUCGCCAAGCAAUAUGUGAAUCCUUAUGGCUUCUUUGGUCUAAAGAUUGGCAAGGAUAAGGUGGUUAUAGCCUAUACGAACGAUGCCAUUAAUGAAAUGAUGACCAAUGAAGAUAUUGAUGGCCGACCCGAUGGUAUAUUUUAUCGCCUGAGGACUUUUAAUUCCCGAUUAGGAGUUCUUUUAACCGACGGUGAAAUGUGGGUGGAGCAGCGUAGAUUUAUUUUAAGACAUUUGAAGAAUUUCGGAUUUGCAAGAAGUGGAAUGUUGGACAUUGUACACAAUGAAGCAACCUGUUUGCUUCAGGACCUUAAGGAUCAAGUUAUAAAGUCUGGAGGAAAGCAGGCGCGGAUUGAAAUGCACGACCUUACGAGUGUAUAUGUUUUAAAUACACUAUGGUGCAUGCUGAGUGGCAGGAGAUAUGAACCUGGUUCUCCAGAAAUCACAGAACUAUUGGAGACGUUCUUUGAGCUCUUCAAAAAUAUAGAUAUGGUGGGAGCUCUAUUCAGUCACUUUCCUCUGCUUCGAUUUAUAGCUCCGGACUACUCUGGCUAUAAUGGGUUUGUAGAAAGCCAUCGUUCGUUGUACUCCUUUAUGAACAAGGAGAUCGACUUGCAUCGCUUAACUUUUAAGAACUAUGAUGAGCCAAGGGAUCUGAUGGAUUCCUAUCUUCGUGCCCAGGAGGAGGGAAAUGAUGAAAAGGGCAUGUUUAGUGAUGAAAGCCUUUUGGCCAUUUGUUUGGAUAUGUUUUUGGCUGGAUCUGAGACUACUAACAAGAGUUUGGGCUUCUGUUUCAUGCAUUUGGUAUUACAACCUGAAAUCCAGGAGCGGGCUUUUCAAGAAAUCAAGGAGGUAGUUGGUCUAGAGCGCAUACCUGAGUGGUCCAAAGAUCGCUUGAAAUUGCCAUAUUGCGAGGCCAUCACUUUGGAGGCGGUAAGGAUGUUCAUGCUCCAUACUUUUGGCAUUCCGCAUCGAGCUGUGCGCGAUACUCGAUUAUCAGGAUAUGAAAUUCCCAAAGACACCAUGGUUAUAGCCUGUUUCAGGGGAAUGCUCAUCAACCCAGUAGAUUUCCCCGACCCAGAGACAUUCGAUCCUGAGAGAUUCCUGUUCGAUGGUCAUUUAAAGCUACCCGAAGCCUUCAAUCCCUUUGGCUUCGGACGUCAUCGAUGCAUGGGAGAUUUGUUAGGAAGACAGAACUUAUUUAUGUUUACCACCACAGUGCUGCAGAACUUCAAAAUGGUGGCCAUUCCUGGACAAGUGCCGGAGGAGAUACCUCUAGAAGGAGCUACCGCUGCCGUAAAGCCAUAUGACAUAAUGCUGGUAGCCAGGGAGCAAUUGUAA